AUGGCAGAUAGGGACAAAAUGGACGAAAGCUUAGAAGCCGCCGAUGCGAGAGCACGUAUCGAACGUGCUAGAUCGUAUCAAAUCGAGCUGUUCAAAUCCGCAAAGGAACGAAAUACCAUAGUGUGCUUGGGCACUGGCACAGGCAAGACCUAUAUAUCGGUGCUUCUAUUGAAACAUCUCGAACAUGAAGUAUCCGGGUGCUGGGUCGAUGGAGAGCCAGCGACUCCGGGAUCCGGAGGCAAGCGUUCGAUAUUUUUGGCGCCGACAGUCCCGCUGGUCGAACAGCAGGGAGCUGUGCUCGGACGACACCUGAGCGUGAAGGUUGGAAUUUACGUUGGCGCAAUGCAGGUUGACCUCUGGUCCCGCGAACGAUGGGUCAACGAGCUCAAGGCGCACGGCGUCCUUGUGAUGACACCCGCGAUCCUCUACAACGCCGCGUGUCACGGCUUCAUACCGCUCAAUAAAAUCAGCCUCAUCGUGAUGGAUGAAUGCCAUCGAGCCACGGGCGACGACAACUAUGUGUCCAUAAUGAAACUGUACAAAGAUCUUCAGCCACAAGACCGGCCGAGAGUCCUCGGACUGACCGGCUCCGUUAUUAACUCCGCCCUCCGCGGAGUGCAGGUGACCAGGAGGAUUCGCGAGCUGGAAGCCACAUUGUUCUCGACUGCGAGCUCUGCGAGCGGGCUCGUAUCAAUGUAUUGCACUAAGCCUAAAGAGAUGAUUGUAUCGUGUCCAAGCCGCAACCCGCAUAAUCGCCUACCGAUCGAUGCUUCGUCGAUGGAAGACUUGGAGGAUUGUGACGACCUCAAGGAUUUCCAGAAGAUCCUCUCCGGUCUCAGUUCAUGCUACGAGGAAUGCGGGGCGUUCUGUACGCUCAGACUUAUCGAAUUCCGGCAGCGCGAGCUGUCCAGGAAUGUCGGCGACUCGCAAUAUCCAGAGGAGCUGCGCGAGUACUUGAUGCCCAAGAUGAAGAUCCUCGAGCGUAUGAAGAAGUUCUUGGGCAAAUCGCCGCCCCUACUGGAUGUACCUCCUAAAAUGCAUCGUCUGCUGGAGGUGUUAGCGGCGUUCAGGACCAAUCCUGCGGGCCUCUGUGGGAUCGUAUUCGUGAAAUUGCGGGUUAUUGCCUACGUAUUGUAUCAAUGGCUGGGAGAACUCUCUAAGACAGACGACUGGAGAUUUCUUCGUUGUGCAUUCAUCGUUGGCCACAACCAAGCCCCCAUGUCCACGUCGAAUAGGGAGUUCGAGAAUUUCAAAAUGAACUCUAAAGCACAACGUCGGACCAUCGCCGCGUUCAGAGACGGAGUUUAUAAUUUGCUGCUGGCGACCAACGUCAUCGAAGAAGGCAUGGAUGUACCGGCUUGCAACCUCGUCGUUCGUUUCGAUGCGCCUCGCGACGCACGGUCUUACACCCAGUCGAAGGGCCGUGCGCGCGCCCGACAAUCCUUAUAUGUGGUUUUGUGCGACGAGAAUGAACGUCUCGAAGUCGAGGACAUGAUCGAUAGUUUCCAGGAAACUGAGAGAAUCGUGACCACGUUCUGCGACCAGACUCGUCGUUCACCCGAUGCUGAAGAAAGCGAGACAGUGCUCCGUGACGAUGAGUUUCUGGAGCCGUUCAUCGCUGGUGAGGCGAGGAUAAGCGCGAAAUCCGCAAUGAGCAUCCUCUGCUGGUAUUGCCAGACCAUCGUUCAUGACCAAUACUCGAAUAGCCUCCCGGAGUUCUUCACGCUCGACAAGAACGAUGAGGGUUUCACGAUGUCUCUGACGAUGCCAUUGCUGUGUCCUGUUCGGGAGAGUAUCACCAACGAGGACAGACCAAUGCCGACCAGAGCCAAAGCUAAAGCCUAUCUCGCGUUGGAAAUGUGUCGGAAACUCCACGAAAAACGCGAACUCACCGAGCAUCUAUUGCCAAGAAAACUGACCACUGGAAGAUACAGCUCCGCCUGGAUGUCCGACGAAGACAGGACCAUUCUCGAAGAAAUCCGACCGAAAAUGACAAGAUGUCCAGACACGCGCCACAAAACCCGGCAAUAUCUGAACCGCCGUGCGAUUGCACCGCCCCUGGAGAUUCUGGAAGAGAACAGGGAUUGCGGAUGCAUCGACGAGUGCCAUCUCUACGUGUUCAAGAACAGCGUUUUCGAGAAAUCCUCUUCGAGGAGUACGGGUGCCAAAAGUCCUGCUGACGGCCCUCAGGGUUCGACUUAUCUUGGAAUUCUAGUCAGAAAUCGAGAUGAACAGCUGGAAAAUCUUCCGCGUUUUCCGAUAUUCACCGAGUCUAGUGAACAGCUGAUCGAUGUCGUUUACGCGGGCACGGUGUCGAUGUCACAGAGUAAGAAGGCGACUUUCGCUCGUUUCAAUCGGUACAUUUUCUCCGUCGUUCUGAACAUCGGGUGCAGCGCUACGAAGCCCUUGACGAAUUUCGCGGUACCAUGCGUUGUGCCCGUCGACGAGCUGGGAGACGAAGCCUUCGAGAUCAAUUUGCGAGUCGCCCAGAGUGUCGGUGUAGCCACCCAGCCGGAUUAUGAGCGCUUCAUCUUCGACAAAGAACUCUACGAAGACGCCGUCGUUGAAGUUUUGUUCCAUGAGAAUGAAAAUGCACCUCCUGUCAACCGGAACGUGCAAGGACGUGGUCCCAGAGACUACUUUAACAGAUAUUACGUGCGCAACCCGUGCGCCACCGACGCCGCCGGGAAACCAUUGUCUCUAACCGCGUCUGGAUACUUCCCAUUCGCUCCGGAUCUCAACUUCUUGGAAUAUUUCGGAGGAAAGCAGAUGCGUUGCAGACCGAAUGUGCCCACAAACGAAGAUCAGCCCAUUCUGGAGCUGGAGAGCGUUGAGAGCAGUUUAGAGAUGCUCUUCCCUUCCGCCGAAUCUUCCGACCGAGGCUCGAAGAAGGCUGUGCGAUCCCUCGCCUACGUCCCAGCCCAAUUCGUGGUUGUGCACAAAAUGAAAGCAAAUCUGUGGCGGAGAGCUGUUUGUCUACCGAGUAUUUUGUAUCGCUUGAACAGAUUCCACGUCUGUGAGACGCUCCGCAGAACGAUCGCGCGGGCUACGGGCAUUGGUCCUGCGAAUGAAAAUCAUCGAUGGGAGCCUGCUCAGAUCCGAGCGGAACGGAGGGAAUUCAGAAGAACUGAAAUCAGCCUGAAACAUCUGAAGCUCGAGUUCGUCUAUCCCGAUCUCAAUGAUUGCGAAGGACCGUCGGCAGCCGAUUUCGUGAGAAUUCUCUCAAAGCCUACGACGUCCGUCGAUGAGUUGGAUAUCGGACGGUACCGUCUCGUGGGUGAAUCCUUCCUACAGAUGGUCAUUGGCUUCUCGUUGCACGAUCAGAGAAGGAAUCUUCAUGAGAAGGAGCUCCGAUCCUUACGUAGCUACAAAAUCUCUACGAGGAAUCUCCUUGUUCGGGCAUACGAGCGGAAUAUCACCGAAAUACUGGAUAAUGUCAAGUUCAUCGCGAAAGAGAAUUUCCUCCCGCCUGGGUAUCGGACUCUCGAAAAGGAAGAGAAGCUCUUGGACACAACAUUCCGUCUAGCUGUGUACAGGUCCUACGGUUUCGAAAUCGACGGGAGCCUCUGCCUCAGAGAGCUCAGGCACGCGACAAAUCUCGAAGAAGUCGUCAAAGCGAUUGCAGAGCUAGACCCAGAAGAGCUUCAACACGAGACUUUACAAACGACGCUCGAGGCGGGUGAGCUCCCAUCGCAAGUUCCUGUGAAGAAAUUUCAAACAUACAGGGCUCGGGUUGCCGCGGAUGCGGUGAAAGCUAUCACGGGUUUGGCCGUUGACAAAUGCGGGCCUUCAGGAGCCUUGAGGGUGAUGCGAUGGCUCGGCCUCGAAUUCGGUCGAUCGAUAGACUCGCCGGAUUUCGUCGACGCCUUCGCCCUGAAUUUGGAUUCACUUCGAGUCAGUGACUCGGACGCAGUGAUUCUUAAUCGGUUGCAUCAGAUCGAAACGGUGGAGAGUCGUCUCCGUUACCGUUUCGAACACAAGGCGUUGGUCUUGGAGGCGAUAACGCAUCACUCGUACAGAGGAGACUCCUUGACGCAAUCUAAUGUACAAUUAUGCAGCAUCGGAGCCGUGGUUAUCGAAUACCUCAUUUCUAAAUUCAUCGCAUCACUCCCGCUCGACGUUGAAUCGUACAACUUAUUCGAGCUGAGAGCGUCCAUCUGCAGCGCGGUCAACCAUGCGCACAUCGUCGCGAAGAAUGGUUUACACAAGAACUUGCUCUAUACAAAUCAAUCGCUUUUCACUGUGAUCAGGAAUUAUAUCGACUGCUUAGAUGAUUACGAACCGCAGCCGAGUAAAAGUCUGGGCGAUUGGGAAUCGGAUGACACCGACGAUGAUCGGGUGCCGCUGGCGCUCGCGGAAAUGUUGAUGGCUCUCGUUGGGGCUGUUUUCAUCGACUCGGGCAAGAAUCUCGAGAUUGUAUGGUCCGUCUACGCUGAGCUUUGCGGCGAGCAGAUCCUGCGUUUGGCGAACAACAUCCCGAUAAGUCCCAUCAGAGAGCUCUUCGCGAGAUUCCCAGGCAGCUACUUCGAGUACAGCCUCUCCUGGGAUGAUGUGUACGAGGGAGACUUCAUCGAGGUCACGCUGUGCGUGCAAUACCCCGGCGGAACAAUCGCUCGUUUCAGCCAGCUCGCAAACAGCAAAGCUGAGGGCCGGAUUUCGAUCGCGAAGAAGUUCCUCAACAAAUUGGAAACGCAAGAACAGCAGAAGAAUAUUGAAAAAAAUAAGAUAGCGGAAGAGUAUCUUCAGAUUCUGGAGAAAGCUCUCCUCGAAGCGGAGUCGCUCAAGAGCCGGAAAUUCGGGCCUUUCGGAAUUUCUCGUGCGACAGCUUUCUGA